AUAUCUCCAGCCCUCCCCCUUCCAGACAAUGGGGAACUCCCAGGCUGGGCAUCAUGAAGCUGCCCCCGGCGCUUCAUCGAUGCCCUUCCCUGAGGCCCCUCACAGCCCCCAUGCAGGCGGCGGUGAGUUCUGUCCAGUGCCUGCACCCGCCCACCCGCUCCCCGAAGACAUACAGCCGAUGUGGGACCGUCUGAUGGCCCUGGACUUCCACUCGCUCAUCUCGACGGCUCUCUUCAAGAAGGGCAUUUCCAAUGCGCCCGCCCUUCUGCGGGACUGUCUGAUGCUGCUCAUUGUCAAGAACAGCCAUGGUGAUGACCCUCAGUGCGAAUUGUCGAUGCCGGCAGCUGUGGAUGAGGUGUGGCACCAGCUCAUUUUGGUACGAUGAGAGAAGAACAUGGGGCAAACCGUCUCUGUGACGCUGUUGGGUGUGGCCUGUCUGUUCGCAGGACACGACGCUGUACACGGCUGUGUGUGAGGCCAUCGGCAGCAAGGGGCUGAUCCGGCACAAUCCCUAUGGCGAGUUUGAUAGUGAGGAGGACAAGACGGCCCGCCGCAACGCGAUGAAGGGCAAGUUUCGGGAGGUCAUGGGCUUCGAUUAUGUCGAGUACGCCUUUGCUCACGCAUUUUCCGUCUGUUCAUCUCAGUCUCUCAUUGUCUGUAUUUCUUGAUCAUCAGGCAAGAAGGAUUUGGUAUAAUCGCACAGGACAAUGCCGACGAGAUCACUCCGCAAAGGUGAACAGACAAGAGGGAAUAAGCUGGCGGUCUUUUGGCAAGGACUCGUCUCUGUUGCUGCUGCUGUGCAGCCAUGACAACCGCAACGGUUACCAAGGCUUCAGAGUUCUCGUCAAGACUCUGGCGGGCAAGACUAUAUCUCUGCCCGUAUCCGCAAGCACCACCGUCCCAGACCUACAGGAGAUGACUCGCAUCAAGGAAGGCAUCCCAGUGACGGCACAGCGGCUUGCUUUCGGCGGCAAGCAGCUGGGAACGCUUGGCACCCUGGCCGACUACAAGAUAGAGCAUGGGGCCAUCAUUUUUCUGCUGCUGCGGCUCCCGGAGCCUGACGUCCCGAAGCCGGGCGUCCUCUCUUUCAAGUAGGCGGGAAUUGGCCAUUCACUGUCGCCCUAAGUUAGGUGUCAUUAAUGGUCUUUGUUCUGUAGACAAGAUGGCUCCUGCACCAUGGCUCAGACACUCGAGCGUUUGGGCACUCCAAACACGGAGGCAGAAAGCCCAUACAACGGGCAAAGAACGAAUACAUACAGACGUAUGUCUCUUCCUGUGCUGUUGCCGCUUGCAGGGAUGCCACCCAAGACACUCACCGCGGGUUUCAGAUAUUCUGCAAGACGUUGACGGGGGAGAACUUGACCCUCUCAGUCUCCCCAACGACAACAAAGGUGGCAGAGGUCAAGGAGAUCAUCCGCAUCAAAGAGGGCAUCCCCGUGGCCGAUCAGCGACUCGUCUUUGCCGGCAGACAGCUGGAAGACGAUCGCACCCUGGCUGCGUACAAUAUCCAGAAGGAGUCGACCAUACACGUAUUGCUGCGGGUCAGAGGCUGCUAAGCGGCCAUGGCCGCCAUGAUUCAUGGCUGGCCUCCGACGUGUCUCUGUUUCUUUUUCGUCUGCAUGCUCAUCGGGUAGGAGAGAGAUAGCACAAUGGGGGGCAGGAGGGGGGCGUGACAAUGGGUGCACACGGACAUUUUCACACAUCAUUCGCGCGGCGCGGUAGAAGAAGGGACACCUGCCGACGUUGUCAAACUGAGGACUGUCAGUCUGACUGACACUUAUGUCGAUCAACAGCGCUUCGCGAU